AUGGCUGCACUGACGCUGGCUCGCUACAACAUCGAUGUUCGAGUGAUUGACGUGCAUUCUCGGCGCAUCCAGACUGGGCAUGCGGGAGGUAUCCAACCUCGCACCCAGGAAGUCCUGCAGACUCUAAACAUCCAUCACCACCUGGACAUCCUGGGUAAACACGUCAGUGGGAUGGCUUUUUGGGCCAACAACGAUCUCGGUCAGCUCGAUUGCACCUAUGUUGGCCAGGAGGUUCAAACCACGACUCCCUUCCCAUGGAUCCUGAGCGUGCCACAGCGAGAGACAGAGCGGGCCUUUGAUGAAGAGCUACAGGCGCAUGGUUAUCAAGUGGAUCGACCUGUGGAGCUGAUCAAUUUCACUUACGUCGAAGAUGACCCCUAG